AAAAAACAGAAUAUUUUUGAUCAAAAACAUUGAAAAGUUGAACUCAAGCAAAAUGUUGCGUGUUUCUAUAAUUUUUUGCUUAAUUGCUGGAACUUUUGCUCAGUCCUUGAGGCCCGGUCCUUGUCGCAAAGUCAAUGUGAAGCCAAUUGAUUUUAAUAGGAUGUCGGGAGUAUGGUAUGCGCAUGCUACUAGCCCUGAUAAUUUCGACCCUCUACAAAUCGGUCUUAAACAGUUGUGGUCUCAACCCUGCAAUGGUGUUACAGAUGUUCUUUUUACCGGUCUUUUGACAACGACCAACCAAAACUUAACUGUUGAAGCCGAUGCAUACACAAAUGAAGACAACGCUUUAAUAUAUGAUAUUCAUAUACCAAUUUUGGGGGUUUCACACAGAGAGCGCCAGAUUCUUGAAACAGACUAUGAGAACUACUCAAUAUCUAGGAAUUGUACAAAUGUUGGAUCUAAUCACUUUGAAAACAUUGGGAUAUUUACACGAGAACAAAACCCUUCUAUAAAUUACGCAAAUUUAGGAUAUCGUGUAUUCGCUCGUUACGGACUCAGAGCACCGGAAAUAAUAAAAAUUGAUCAGCAAUGCUGUGCUUAAAUACAUCUUGUGUUAGUAUUUAGUGAUUGUAUUCAGCUCUUCUCUGUGUAAUUUCAAAUGCUUAAAACGAAUAAAUAAUAUCAAUCAUAAAUAA